ACUUGUGCAGGCACUGUUGGCACAGCGAUGAAAUUGUGUGGGCGACAACAAAUAUUACAUUUUCCAAUACAUUUCUAGCGGGUAUUUGUCUUUUCGUUGUGUACGAUUUCUUUUACACGCUCUUCCACCGUGCGCUGCACCAUCGUUCAGUCUACAAGUACAUACAUAAGCACCACCAUCGACAGCGGGCACCUUCUAGAGGAAACGUCGAUGCAACGAACGUGCACCCUUUCGAGUAUAUUUGCGGCGAAUAUAACCAUAUGCUCUCGAUUUGGCUGGUGGGUACAUACCUCGUACCAGUGCAUAUCGUCACGGCUGUGGUCUUCAUCGGCGUCGGAGGGUUUCUUGCUUCUCUGAAUCACACGAGAUUCGACUUUAAAUUCCCCUACUUCAAUUCGGUCUAUGCGGUCAAGAAUCACGACAUACAUCAUUGGUAUCCGGACGCAAACUACGGACAAUACAUUAUGCUGUGGGAUCGCUUGUUUGGUUGGUGGAAACCCUAUCCUACUGGAAAGACUCGACAAAAUCAGAAAAAGCGAGAGACCACUGCGGAUGAUUUAAGGAAGGAAGAAUAACGAUUGAUAUUUGAGAAAGGCAAGUAGAGCAGUUCAAAAUACCGUACAUAAUAUGCCAGAAGACCUCCAGACCAUACAUACAACAACUCAACAAGCCUGUCACAACGAACUUUUCGAAGAGCAACAAAUAAUUAAUUAGAGAAGCAUUUCACGGGAAAAGUGAAAAAGUCAAAAGAGUCAAAAGACUUGUGGAGCCU